AUGUCUUUUGCAGAAGAACGAGGCAGGCAGCCAGGCCACAUCGUCUCGACGGGACGGGGUGGCGCUGGUAAUCUCGUCGCACAUGCCGUACCCGACGACAUUGAACCCGGGGCAGAGCGUGGCCGUGAACUCUCGCCCCACCCCAACGGAGAACUUGUGCAUUCCGGCCGAGGCGGAGCCGGCAACAUCCGACCCUCCUCCCACUCCCGUACCCGUGCAGAGAUGAAGCAAGAUGCCAAGGAGGAGGUGCUGCAGGAAAAGCUCAUUGCUGAAUCUCGUGGCCGUCAAGCCGACAGUGCAUUCUCGACCGGACGGGGUGGUGUCGGAAACAUCUCUCGAAGCAGGAGUAGAUCCCAGGCGAGGACGCCCAAGGACAGCGUGGAGAAGAGGAGGGAGGGGAGUGCACUCGGGCUGGGGAGGAGCAGGACGAGGGAGCCGCCCCAUAACAGCGGCAGGGGUGGAUUCGGCAACAUUACAGAGGAGCGACCUUCUGGAGAUUCCGACAAGGAGUCUAGAGAAGACGCGUACGAGGCCAACGUGCUCGCCAAGCAUCGCACCAACGACAGCACCCACCCCCAUGCGCGUGCCACUGGCAAGGGCGGUGCAGGCAACAUCUACCAGCCCGGGCCAAACGAAGAACCAGAUCUCAAUGGAUUGAGUCUGGAGGAGAAGCAGGAGCGGGAGGCACACAAGAAGCUACAGGCCGAAGAGAAUCGCCAUUGGAUACCUGCAGGUCGAGGAGGCGCUGGCAAUAUGCAUCGUGCGUCCGAGCAUUCGCCUGCGGGAGAGGAGCGAGGCAGAGGUGCAAAUAAGGGCGGGGGAGUACUUGGAAACGUCUUGCGCAGUUUCAGUCGGGCUGCAGGCAGGGAGAAGAGUUCUGAUGGCGCUCGAGACUAG